AUGAAUGCCUAUGAUGUUUUUAUAGAGCCGACAACUGUCACAUGCUGCCUUGGGUGUAACUUCAUCAGCUCAACUCGUAAGCAUCUCGUUGUUGCUAAGACCUCGCUUCUACAAAUUUUCGAGGUGAUCGAUUCUUCCAAACAAGAUGGUGACUCAAGACAUUACUCACUUAAAUUGGUUGUGCAAAAUAAACUUCAGGGGAAGAUAACUGACAUCCAAGCCAUACGUACAAUUGAAUGUCCACAACUUGAUUAUUUGUUGAUUUCUACAGAAAAGGCAAAGAUUUCUUGUAUCAAAUGGGAUAGCACGAGACAUGCCAUACAGACAGUGUCAUUGCACUACUAUGAGCAUGUUCUUGAGAAUGCAAUGUUUGACGAAUUGACUAGGUCGCAACUCAUUGUUGACCCAAAUUCCAAAACAUUGGCGUGUCUACGCCACGAGAAUCUACUUGUCUUCUUACCAUUUCAUUCAUUGAACGAAGAGGACGACGAAGAAGAAAGACAAGAUAUGACACAGCUGAAUGGAGGCGAAAACGAGCAUGAUGGAAGGCUGGUAUCGGAUAUCGCUGCCAAAAUUGCAAAUAGCAAUUCUCUCUUUGAAGAAAGCUUGGUACUUGAAGUAAAGUCUUUGGAUAACAGUAUUGCAGAAAUUAUUGAUUUGCAAUUUUUACACAAUUAUAGAAAACCAACCAUUGCGGUGUUGUCACAACAAAAAAGAACCUGGGCGGGUCUUCUCCCUUGCACCAAAGACAACGUUCAAUUUUCUGUUCUUUCGUUAAAUUUAGCAUCGAGAUCUGCUACAACUAUUCUAAAGCUUGAAAACCUUCCAUAUGAUUUGGAUAGAGUCUGCCCUGUACCAGGUCCUGUGAAUGGUAGUCUCUUAGUCGGUUGUAACGACAUUAUUCAUGUUGAUGGUGGUGGCAUUUCUCGCCGUCUUUCCCUUAACCUGUACUCCAUUGACACAUGCGAAUCAUCCCGUGGCUACACUGACCAGCUGCAAUUAGAAUUGAAAUUGGAGAACUGCACUUUUGCUAAGUUACCUGACCAGUCCAAACUACUUUUGGUCUUGAGAGACGGCCAAAAGAAGUGUAUUUCUUUCGAAAUGGAUGGUAAGACCAUAAAAAAAAUGAACAUAGAAGAACUCGAUUAUGAGAACCUUUCUCAAUUCACUCUCAAAGCGCCGAGUGGAGCAGCGUUACUUGAUGAUAACUUGUUGUUUAUUUCAAGUCGAACUGAUGACGCUGUUUUAGUGGAGUUCGCCGGUAAACUUCAAGCUCAUGCCGACCAAAAAGAGGUUGUGGAAUCAAAACAAAAUGAUGAUGAUGACAACCUCUACGAAGAUGCUGACUUGACAGUAUCAAAAAAUGGUUCUUAUAGGCAAACUAUGGAGGUCAUCAUCCACGAUAAAGUAGUCAAUAAUGGACCAGUCUCCUCUUUCACAAUUGGUCACUAUUCAAGAGAGAGAUAUAUAACAAAUCUUCCUAAUCCAGACUAUGACCUGAAGUCAAUAUUUGCCGCAGGUGGUUAUGGCGAUACUGGGCACAUUAACAUAGUGACACCAACAGUGCAACCCACAAUCAGAACCUCACUCACAUUUUCCCAACUAAAUCGACUCUGGACUUUAAGCAAUAAGUAUCUUGUAACGUCGGAUGAUCCUCACAACAAGUCAGAAUUGUUUGAUAUAACAAGGUCCUAUAGCAGGCUUCCUGCUAAACAAUUCAUUCACAAUGAACUAACCGUGGCUAUGCAUGAGCUAAAUAAUGGCGAAUUCAUAUUGCAAGUGACACCAAAGCAUGUGAUACUCUUCAAUAACAAAUUCAAGAAAGUCAUGACUCUCGACGAAGAUUUGAAAGAAUUCUCCGGUGUGGAUAUCAUCACAAGUGUGUUCAAUGAUGGCUUUCUUAUGUUAUUUUUCUCUACAGGUGAAUUGAUGAUAUACACCAUCAAUACGUAUGGUAAGUCUUUCACAAGAAUUCCUUUGCCCAAACUCCUUAAUGACUCUCUCAUAACCACUGGCUACAUUACUGACUCAAGACUACUUAAUGCGGUCACCAAAGACAUCACAUUGCUCACAAAUCGAGGACAGAAAAGAAAAAGAUACGAGGAUGGUAGCAUAUCCACACAAUCAAACCGUCGAGAGAUUGAGAACAAGUCCAAGAUUUUCAUAGUUGUCACUGGUGAUAACAGAAUUGUUGCUUUCAAUAGGUUUCACAACGAAAAAUGUUUUCAGCUCAACUCUGCAGACAAGUUCACAGACGUUCUUACCUUGGCCUUUUUUGACAUAAAUGCUGGAGAACCCGAUCCUGUCAUAAAGCAAGUCAUUCUUAAUGAUCUUGGUGAAGGCGUUUGCAAAGAUGAGUAUUUGACAAUACUAACUGUCGGUGGUGAGAUCUAUGUCUACAAAAUGUUCUUCGAUGGUGAAAACUACAAGUUUAUAAAGGAAAACGACACUCCUAUCACAGGCGCUCCCUUCAAUGCGUUCGCAGAAGGAACUUCGAUAGAAAGAAGGAUGGUUUACUUUUCAAAUGUGAGUGGUUUCACCUGCAUUCUAGUGACAGGUAUCAUCCCGUAUUUUAUUGUGAAGGCGAAUCAAUCAGUUGUGAGGAUAUUUAAAUUCUCAAAAAUUCCUGUUGUUUCAUUCGUUCCAUUCAGUGAUGACAAGCUACAGAAUGCUCUAAUUUAUUUGGACACAAAGAAAAAUGCUCGAAUUGUUGAGAUACCUUUGAACUUCAAUUACGACAACAGGCUACCAAUGAGAAGAGUUACACUCGGAGAGACCGUGAAGUCUAUUACGUAUCAUGAAGGGUCGCACACAUUCGUCUUGUCUACGUUACGAGAGAUUCCGUAUGAUUGUGUCGAUUUUGAAGGAAAUCCAAUCGUUGGAUUGAAGCCUGAAAAGCCACGCGAAAUAUCUUACACAGGGCUGAUUAAGCUAAUGUCCCCCAUGAAUUGGAGCAUAAUUGACUCCAUAGACUUGAGUGAAAACGAAGUUGGUUUGCAUAUCAAAAGUGUUCCAUUGGAUGUUGGAAGCUCUGCUAAAAGGUUUAAGAAUAGGAAGGAAUUCAUCUUGGUAGGGAGUGGAAAGUACACCACUGAAGAUCUUGCGGCUAACGGAGCUUUCAAACUUCUUGAGAUCAUCGACAUUAUUCCUGAGCCAGGAAGGCCAGAAACCAAUCACAAGUUCAAAGAAUUCACUCAUCAAGAUAUUCGCGGAGCUGUUACUUCGUUGUGCGAUGUGACAGGUCGCUUUCUUAUAGCACAGGGUCAAAAAAUCAUUGUUCGAGAUAUUAAAGAUAACACUGCUGUGCCAGUUGCCUUCUUUGACACAUCUGUCUACGUGACGGAAGCGAAGUCUUUCGGAAAUUUUGUACUUCUAGGUGACACGCUCAAGAGUGUUUGGCUAGCAGGUUUCGAUGCUGAACCAUUUAGAAUGUUGAUGCUAGGCAAGGACUUGCACGGCUUUGACGUUUCUUGUGCAGAUUUUCUUGUUAAAGACGAAAGCUUAUACAUUGUCGUUGCUGAUAGUAAAGGAAUCUUGAACAUUCUUCAAUAUAAUCCAGAAGACCCUAGUUCGUUAAAUGGACAAAGACUUCUUCAUAAGGCUUCUUUCAAUACCAACUAUACCCCUUCGUGCAUGAAAAGCAUUCCAAAAUUCGAACAGUUUAAUCAGACGUCAUUAUUUGAUCAACAGCCCUUUCAAGCAAUGGCAUCUUCUAUUGAAGGUGCUUUCUACGUCGUCUUUCCGGUCGAUGAAUUAGUCUACAGAAGGUUAUACAUUCUUCAACAGCAGUUGAUAGACAAGGAAUACCAUCCCUGUGGACUCAAUCCCAAAAUGAAUCGGAUAGGCGUCAGCAACAUUUUAGAAGGGGCUCAACGACCUGUGCUAGAUUGUGAACUAUUGAGACGUUACGCGAAGUUGAACGAUGAUAGAAAGCAUAUUCUCGCGCAGAAGAUUGGUUCUAGCGCUCAAAGCGAUCUUUGGAAAGACUUAAUUGAGAUGGAGAACGUAUUAAACGAUUUAUAG